AUGCCAGUUCCCUCCGCGGUGCCAAAUAGACCUAGGGAAAAUAGGCCGACUGAGAUUAUCAAAAGGUGUAAUGCAGAAGGACGACGAGCACAUGUGGCAGGCCCCAUGGUCCGAUACUCGAAGCUUCCAUUUCGUGAACUUUGUCGUUUUUACAACGUAGACAUCAUCUAUACACCAAUGAUUUUGGCUCGUGAGUUUGUACGAAACGAAAUGGCGCGAUACUCCGAUUUUACUACAAAUGACAAGGACACAUGUGUUAUUGUACAAGUCGGUGUUAAUAAUGUUGAAGAUUUCAUGAAGUUUAUUGAAAUGAUCCACCCAUAUGUUGAUGGUAUUGGAAUCAACUGUGGGUGUCCUAUUAGAGACCAGAUCAGGGAAGGCAUAGGUGCGGCAUUAAUGAGUGAACCUGAUUUAGUUGCAGAGAUGAUUGCGACGGCAAAGAAACAAUACGGAGACUCCAUUUGUAUAGAUACUAAAAUACGUAUCCACAAUGACUUAUCGGAAACCAUUGAGUUUGUGAAGAAAGUCGAAGCUGCAGGUACGGAUAUCAUCACAAUACACGGAAGAACCAAAACCACUCGAUCUUCCAUUCCGGUUAAUUUGGAUGCCAUCAAGCUUGUGAGAAGCCACAUCACUAAAGUGCCUGUCAUUGCCAAUGGAGACUGUUUUACAUUAGAGGAUUGUGAGCGUAUUGCAGAUUACACUGGAGUAAAUGGCGUUAUGUCUGCAAGAGGGAUAUUAGCCAACCCAGCCUUGUUUCAAGGGUUCAACCAAACACCUUGGAGUGCAGUUGAAGUGUUUAUGCACUUGACUACUUGUUACGGCCUUCCAUACAAGCUCUCUCAGCAUCAUGUGGCACAAAUGAUGGAGAAUAUGCUGAUACCGAGGAAAGUCAUUAAAGAAGUUAAUGAGUCGAAAACAAUGAUUGAUAUGAUUGAUACAUUAGACAAGUAUUUCUAUUUAAAAAGAAAAGGUGAAAAGGGUUUUGCCACCGCUAUAGAACCUGCUUGGAAGGAACAACCUUUGUAA